AUGUGAUACCAAGAUGGCGGCACCGCGAUAGCUGGCUCCGGGUUGUGGCGUCCAAGAAGCCGCGACGGUUUCUGCCCUCUGGCCGUGGGGGCGGCAACCUUGGCUGACUCCUGCGGCGGCCCGUAGCCCGUGUUGGAUACCCCAUCCGGGGCUGGGGCUGUUGCUGUCGCAGCGUGUUCGGGGGUGUGCUGGUGACCUCGCUGCAGGUGCCUUGGCUGGCCGCGCUGGCCGGAGGAAGAGGCGAGCAAGCAGCCUCCUUGAUCACUUGGGCCUUUGAUGUUCAUGAGGACUUGGAGGGUUCUGGAGGAGCUACCUGUCUGAGGGAGUUGCGGAAGUUCCAGCCGUCUUGUGUGUGAGGCAGCCUAGGACCCCUGGGGGCUCAAAGGAGGCAGCAAGGACCGCGCUUCCUCCUGGCUUAGUGGCAGUGAUUAACCCUGCAUUGCUUCCCACUUCCUCUCAAUGUUGUCUCCAUUUAUCAGGAAAUAUGAUCAGCGCCCCUGACGUGGUGGCCUUCACCAAAGAAGAAGAAUACGAGGAAGAGCCUUAUAAUGAGCCGGCCCUGCCGGAGGAGUAUUCAGUGCCACUCUUCCCUUUCGCCAGCCAGGGGGCCAACCCGUGGUCAAAACUGUCCGGGGCCAAGUUCUCGAGGGAUUUCAUCCUUAUUUCCGAGUUCUCUGAGCAGGUGGGACCCCAACCCUUGUUGACCAUCCCUAAUGACACCAAAGUUUUUGGCUCUUUUGAUCUCAAUUACUUUUCCUUGCGGAUCAUGUCUGUGGAUUAUCAAGCUUCCUUCGUGGGCCACCCUCCAGGUUCUGCCUACCCCAAGCUAAACUUUGUGGAGGACUCCAAGGUAGUGCUGGGAGACUCCAAGGAAGGAGCCUUUGCGUAUGUGCACCACCUUACUUUGUAUGACCUGGAGGCCCGUGGCUUUGUGAGGCCUUUUUGCAUGGCUUAUAUCUCGGCAGACCAGCAUAAAAUCAUGCAGCAGUUCCAGGAGCUUUCAGCUGAGUUUUCCAAAGCAUCGGAAUGCUUAAAGACGGGCAACAGGAAGGCAUUUGCUGGAGAACUUGAAAAAAAACUGAAAGACUUGGAUUACACUAGGACAGUGCUGCACACAGAAACAGAGAUCCAGAAGAAAGCCAAUGACAAAGGCUUUUAUUCAUCUCAGGCCAUUGAGAAAGCCAAUGAACUGGCCAGUGUGGAGAAGUCCAUCAUUGAACAUCAAGACCUGCUGAAGCAGAUCCGCUCAUACCCUCAUAGGAAGGUGAAGGGGUCUGAUUUGUCUUCUGGUGAGAUACAACACUCCCAGGAUCAGGCCAACCAGGCAUCUGCUACCUCUAAUCCUGAUGAGUCUGCUGACACAGAUCUUUAUGCCUGCCGACCAGCUUACAUCCCCAAACUCAUCAAGGCAAAGUCCACUAAGUGUUUUGACAAGAAGUUGAAGACCUUGGAGGAACUCUGUGACACUGAGUAUUUUACCCAGACCCUGGCCCAGCUCAGCCACAUCGAGCACAUGUUCAGAGGAGACCUGUGCUACCUCCUGACUAGUCAGAUUGAUAGAGCACUUCUAAAACAGCAGCACAUAACAAACUUCCUCUUUGAAGACUUUGUAGAGGUUGAUGACAGGGUGGUGGAGAAACAAGAGAGUGUACCUUCUCAGCCCAGACAAGACAAGCUGCUUUCCAGACCUUUGGAAGAAUGCCCAAUUCCUAAAGUGUUAAUUAGUGUUGGUUCUUACAAGUCCAGUGUGGAGUCUGUGUUGAUAAAGAUGGAGCAGGAACUUGGAGAUGAGGAAUACAAAGUAGAGGUGAGAGAGCCAAGCAGUUUUGACCCCCAGGAAAACCUAGACUACCUGGAUAUGGAUAUGAAAGGGAGUAUCAGCAGUGGUGAAAGCAUUGAGGUUUUGGGCACGGAGAAGUCCACCUGUGUGCUGUCUAAAUCUGACAGCCAGGGCAGCCUCACGGUACCAUUGAGCCCCCAGGUGGUCCGGAGCAAAGCAGUUAGCCACAGGACCAUCAGUGAGGACAGUAUUGAAGUUCUGAGCACCUGUCCUUCUGAAGCCCUCAUCCCUGAUGACUUUAAGGCCAGCUACCCAACUGCCAUUAAUGAAGAAGAAUCCUAUGCAGAUAAUGAGGGGGCCAUCCAUUUUCAAGCAAGCAUCAGUCCACCAGAGCUGGGUGAGGCUGGAGAGGGCAGCUUGGAAAAUACCCCAUCCCAAAUAGACUCUUCUUGCUGUAUUGGGAAAGAGAGUGAUGGUCAGCUGGUGCCACUCCCCACUCCAGCCCACACUUUCUCUGAUGAGGAUGGUGUGGUGAGCAUCCCCCCACAGCGCUACCGGCAAAAGGAUGAAGGGUUCCAUGUGGACUUUGCCAUGGAAAACACCAACCCUUCUUCCCGAGACAACAGUUGUGAAACAUUCCCAGCUUAUGAGCUGGACCCAAGCUAUCUGCUGGCUAGCCGGGAUGUCAGUAAGACCAGCCUGGACAACUAUUCGGAUACCACCAGCUAUGUAAGCAGUGUGGCCUCUACCAGCUCGGACAGGACUCCCUCUUUUGCUCAUCCUGUUGGCCCAUCUUCUGAGAGGCACAAAAAGCGGGCUGGCCAGAACGCCUUAAAAUUCAUCCGCCAGUACCCUUUUGCCCACCCAGCCAUCUACUCCCUGCUCAGUGGGAGGACACUAGUAGUCCUUGGGGAAGACGAGACUAUAGUCAGGAAGCUUGUGACGGCACUAUCUAUCUUUGUCCCCAACUACGGCCGCUAUGCCAAACCUGUGAAGCACUGGGUCUCCUCCCCUUUGCACAUUAUGGAUUUUCAGAAGUGGAAACUUAUUGGCCUACAGAGAGUGGCCUCCCCUGGCAGUGCGGGCACCCUCCAUGCCCUGAGCCGCUAUAGCCGCUACACAAGCAUCCUGGAUCUGGACAACAAAACCCUGCGCUGCCCCCUGUACAGGGGCACUCUGGUGCCCCGCUUGGCAGACCAUCGCACUCAGAUCAAGCGGGGCAGCACUUAUUAUCUGCACGUCCAGAGCAUGCUCACCCAGCUGUGCUCCAAGGCCUUUCUCUACACCUUCUGCCACCACCUGCACCUGCCUGCCCAUGACAAGGAGACGGAGGAGUUGGUUGCCAGCCGCCAGGUGAGCUUCCUGAGGCUGAACCUGGGCCUGGUGAAUGAAGAUGUCAGGGUGGUCCAGUACCUGGCUGAGCUGCUAAAGCUGCACUAUAUGCAGGAGUCUCCUGGGUCCAGUCACCCCAUGCUCAGGUUUGACUAUGUCCCCAGCUUUUUGUAUAAAAUCUGAAGUUGGUCCCAGCCACUGUGACCAAGACCUGUGACUCAGGGUAUGGGAAGGGGAGGGAUUGGCGUGACCGGAUGGUUGUCCAAGCUGGACUGUUGAGCCCUCUGGUGGCGUCAGUGAAGGAAACGGAGGUGGCAGCUGUGGUUCCCAUGUGGCUCUGGGCAGUUUGUGAGAUGGGCUGGGUAGAGGUGGGAACCUGGCUCUGAAGGCACACGGAAGAUCAGUGACAGGUGUUCACAGCUCCCUGGUCAGUGGUGCCCAGAUAGGGGGUGUCCUUGGAUUUCAGAGGGUCAGUGGCUCAGUUGGGCAGAGAAGACCCUAGGUUCCUUGAUGGGAAGAGGUAUAAACACUGGCUAUUCAUCAUUACUGGACUCUGGGAUGGCAAAAUUGGCUAGAAAGCAUCGUGCUAACUGAUGAUUUGGUGGAAAACUGAACGAGAGAACAUCUACUGCCUCAUUGAGACCCUUGCUGUGGCCCUCUAUUUGGCCUCCUGGAGCCCAUCAUCCCGGAGAAGACCCAUAAAUGAAGAUUGGAGGGAGAAAGCUCUGGCUAGCCAGGGAAUGGAAAUGCCCCAGAGGAAAUGAGCAGCCCCUUGGUUCUGCCCUCACUUCUGCCAGGGAAGAAAACGCCUGUAAAUGGUCCCUAGAGAUCAUUCCUCAUGGGCAUCACUAGGCCCAGAUGUGAAGCAGGAACCAGAAGAUCACAGCCAGCAUGAGGAUUGUCCUGGGAGCUACAGAUGAAAUAGUCCAUAGGGCCAUGAGGCCAUGACCACUGUGCAAGAGACGAGUUGCCCGCAGCUCUCCUGGGCCUCCCACUGGCUCUUCCCAGCCAGAGUACAGGAAUACUGUCUCCCUUAGGAAGCUCUGCAGACAGGCUGAGACUUGGUAGAGGUACACUCCAGUAGUCACCCACGGCAAGCCUUUGCAACCACUUUACUACCUCUCAUGGGGUUUUCUGGACUGGGUCACACCAGGGUUCUGUUCAGCUGGAUAGUGUGGGUGGUCAUCCUGGCCAGCCGGAAUUGAAAUGGGAGGGUCUUCCUGGACCAGCGCCCAUGUGGCUCUCCUUAUAGACCUAUCUUUUGGAAAGCUGCAUUCAUCUGUCCCCACAGCUCAUGAUAAUCCCCAUGUGAGUCCCCCUUCAAGGAAGGCAUUUGAGACUGAGAAGGAGAUACCCUCUGGUUGCUGUCCCACUAAUGGCAACCAGCACGGCCUCCCUAGGGCUUCUUCCACCGCUGCCACUGGUGUGCAGACAGAGGGGGUCUCACAACCUUGAAAAUGUCAUACUUUUUAAAAAGUGUUUUCCUUAGAGGGGAAAACUCUGGGUAUUGCUUCUUUUAAAAUUUUUUUCCAUGAAAAUUGCAGUAAACUGGACCCGAGUCAGCUCUGUGUGUGCAUCUCUGGGGUCCUGGUUGCUCUGUCAUCCUGUGCCACCAUCAAGGUUUCUCAUGGAGGGAGGAAGCUCUACUUCUUACUGAGGGGCAGAGACUGCUAGUGGAAGCUGAGUGACCAAAGUCUGUGUCACAUCACUUUCCUUGUCUGUCAUUGGCACAAAGAUGUGGCCUGUUGACUCUGGCCACUGGCUUUCAGUCAAGGUCCCCAUUCCUGUCACAGGGUGUAAUUUUGCUUCUGAGAUUGUAACCGAAAACCUUUUGUGGCAGAUGGUUCUACCUGUAUUCUGUUGGUUCUCUUUGUCCUUGUGUUCAGCACAUACAUUCACAGAAGUCACCAGGAUGCCUUGGCAGCUUCUGACUGGAAUAUCUGUUGACUUUCUUGUUGUGGGCUCCCUCGACCUGUUCUUGCUUCCCCGUCAGGUUCCAGAUAUACUUUGAUUUCUGAGUGGCUAAGGGCUAUCUUCUCCUUCCUCCAAGGACAUAACUUUGAUAUUUUAUCUUUAAGGGAGGGAAGGUCUGUGGAGUCCAAAUGACCAGGUGGGAAACUAUCACUGGCACCAUUGCCAUUGCUUUCCUAUGUGUCACACCAGCACAGAAACUUCAUGGCUAACACUGUGCUCGCUAGGGGAACUGAUAAAGGUGGAAGAUGAGCUUCAGGCAGAUGCUGAACAGCCACACUUGGCUUUCUGGAAGCUAAAGCCAUGCACUGAGAGGUCCUAAGUGGCAGUCCCUUUGGGGAGUAUCUGCUUGGCACUCAGCCUCAAGGGCGUCUCAGAGAAGUAAAAGGCAAGAGACUGGUGGGGAGUUAGUGGAGCAGAUGGCCCAGGGGGCAGCCACAGCCACAGAAAUGGCAAAAAGGGACACCUCUCCUUCAAAGUGGUUCUUCAUUAUGGCUUCACUGACUACAAUGUUUGAACUCCCAGUUUAUGUUUUGGUUAAAAAUUAGCUUUUCCACAUAGUGGUUUCAAAGGCUUAUUUGAUACAAAGUGUGCUUCCUUUUAGAAGGAUCUUGAAAGUGGUGCUGACACUGAGUCAUAGCUUGGGCAGAGGCAUUUAAUACCAAUGCUCUGCCAAUCCCUAGCCCCUCCACUUCAGAAGAAUCAACCUUCCAGAAAUUUCCCAUCUACACACCUCAAGGGUAUGGGAGACCUUUGUAAUAGGAUCUCUUCAAGAGUUUUCAUCUGAAGUAUUCCUCAUACAACAUUAAAAAAUAACACUUCCCCAAAAGGAGGUGACAUUAGUGCCCCUUAUUACUUUAAUCCCAACAAUUGCUUUGAGGGCUCUGGUACUGAAACUAGUUGUUUGAGGUUUGUUUCAACUGGACCUCUAACCCAAUAUUUCCCUCCCCACAAUUUUUAAAGCAGUCCUGGUUAAGAACCACCUUAUCAGACUGCCAAUUAAUACACUACUGACUUUCAGAAGCUCCAUUUUAGAGAUGAGCUCAUAGUCUUCUACAGCAGAUGACUAUUUCCCUAGGAAUCUUGCUACUUCAGUGAAACCUGUGGAUGUUAGCAUUUGUAACUCUUCCAUAAUUUACAACAAUGACUGAAGUUACAUUGUUCCUGAAUUUGGAAAUAGACUGAUUAUUUCAGACAUAUCUAACGUAUUUCAGAUCAGUUGCUGGAGCAAACUAUAGAUUUCAGCCCCACACAAUAAGUCCCAUUUCAAUAUCCUAGGAAAGCCAGUAGUAGAUUCCACCCUAGUUCUCAGGGCUGUUGCAGUUGAGCCAUGUGGUGUGGAGGCAGAGAGCAGCCUCUACUCCCUGGACAUCUUGCAUGCAUACUAGACUAGUGCUGAACACAUGUCCUACACCACAACCUGAACUAUGCAUGUGAGCCAGCGUCUUGUGCUGCCAUAUUGUACCUUCCCUGUACAGCUGGUAGUGCCAACUCAGCCGACAGGGAUGAGUCAUUACAUGUACAAGGCCAGUGGGGGAACUGACCCUCAGAGCAGGCAGGCAGGCCUCUCCUGGGCUCCUGUACUUUCUGCUUCCCUAGAGAGAUCACAAGUACUUUGAAGCAAACUGGCAAGCUCUGUCUUUGUCCCAGUACCAUGAUUGGAAGUGACAACUGGAAUCUUUAGAAGACAUUUAUCAUUAAUAGACUGUAAAUAAAAUGGAAAAGCAUCAAAUUUCUACUUCUGGUUGGAAAAGUGAAGUCAAUCUCAGCUGAUAAGGCAGGGCACACUAAGCUUUCCUGAGCCCCUCCUUUGACCUCUUGAGCCUUAUAAGGUUUGUAAAAGCUUUGGGAAAGAGGUGGCAGGAGGAGAUGGGGAUGUUGGGAUGGGGAAUGAGCACUCAGCAGCAUGUUAACCUGCUGGGAUGGAGCUCGGCUUCCGGGAGGAACUUCUCAGCUCCAAAAUGGGGGAGUCACACAGGGUCUUAGGGGAUGUCCAGUUAUCUUCAGCUCCUAAAUCAAAGGCAGAGGGAUGGGAACUGAUUUGUCACCUAUACCCAUGAAGAACACUGUAGUUGUCCCUACACACAGUGGAAGAAACACCAACAGACUAUAUCCUAGGCCACAAGGAACAUCAUCUGCAAGACAGGACCUCAGGGAGCUGUAUCCAGGCUGGAGCCACAGGUUGAAUGGAGAUAAAUGCCAUUUUUAAGAUUGCAGCUAGAAGCAUAAUCUGUGAUGAACUCUUGUUAUUUUCUAAAAAGCUAUUUUACUACUGCAUGUUCCUGUGGUAUCUGUGAAUGUGUAUCCCAACCCCACAAGCUGCAGUUGUCACAGUGGCUGGAGUUGGAGUAGGACUGAUGCAUUGACAGCAUCUCACAGGUGUUUUACUGCACAAGAGUUUAACCAGAGUAAAUGCCAAACAAAUAGUAUGAGGAGUAGACUUUUUAAGAAAUUAAUUUAUUUGAGUUCAGAUUAUUUUUGAAAUAUAAAAAUUGGUUGUAUUUUUUAAAGCUGUAAUUCUUGUAGACAUUCUGUGGUUAAAAUUUCGAUUGUGCUUAUUAAAAUGGUCAUCUAUGGUUUGCAUUUCAGCUAUGUGAAAAAUAAAGAUUCUUUGGGAAGGUGA